GAGCACCCCGGGAACUCGCUGCACCACGAGCAUCGAGGUGUCUGUAGACGAGUUUUGGGGUUCCCUGGCAGCGAUGGAGGAAGGCGAGGAUGGCCCGGCAGGGGAGAAGAGCCCCUCGGAGAGGGAAGGGGCCGCCUCGGACUGCGAGGGCUCUGCCGAGCGUGACAGCUCCAGCCCCCCCGGCAGCGAAGAGUCCAGAGACACCCCGGAGAGUCCAAAGGAGCCGGAGAAGCCGGAUCCCGGAGAAAACCCACAGGAGCUGGACACCUGGAACGGGCCAGGUGAGCUGGAUCUGGCCGUGCAGGACGGGGAGAGGCGGGUGCGAACCCGCAGGAGCCUCCCCGAGGGCUUCUCCUGGGGACCCUUCCAGGGCAGCAUCCACAGCGAACCGGCAUCGCCGGGGCACAGCGAGACGAGCCCACCCGUGACGCUGGUGCUGGGGGACGAGAGCUGCUGGCUGUCCCGGCUGCCCCUCGUGCCCGGAGAUUCCGACGCCAACGCCGUGAUCUACAGGAAGGAUGAAGCCCUGUGGUGCCGGACGACGCGUGCCCUGCGGGAGGACGAGGCCGUGUGUGCCUUCGUGGUGGCAGAGCCGCCGGCCAUCCCCAACCACCACGGGGUGAAAGCGGAGCCCGGCGAGUCGCCGUACCCAGCCGCGCUGCACUCGGAUAUUCAGCUGCUGCCGCAGCAAGCCGGCAUGGCCGCCAUCCUGGCCACCGCCGUGGUGAACAAGGACGUCUUUCCGUGCAAGGACUGCGGGAUCUGGUACCGGAGCGAGCGCAACCUGCAAGCCCACCUGAUGUACUACUGCGCCAGCCGGCAGAGCGCCGGCUCGCCCGCCCUGGAGGAGAAGCCCAAGGAGACGUACCCCAACGAGCGCGUCUGCCCCUUCCCCCAGUGCAAGAAGAGCUGCCCCAGCGCCAGCUCCUUGGAGAUCCACAUGCGGAGCCACAGCGGAGAGCGGCCAUUCGUCUGCCUGAUCUGCCUGUCCGCCUUCACCACGAAAGCCAACUGCGAGCGUCACCUGAAGGUACACACGGACACCCUGAACGGCGUCUGCCACAGCUGCGGCUUCAUCUCCACCACGAGGGACAUCCUCUACAGCCACUUGGUCACCAACCACAUGAUAUGCCAGCCAGGCUCCAAGGGAGAGGUCUUCUCGCCGGGACCAGCCCUACCCGCCGCCAAACCCCUCGCCCCCGGGCUGAGCCAGACGAACAACGUGCCCCUUCGGAAGUGCAGCCUGCCGGCGUUCCUGCCCGAGGCGUUGCCGGCACUGCCGCAGCACGUGGUGCUGCACGGUCCCCUGCCCGCCCCACCGCCCGGUUCCGACGCCGUUCCCCCCCCGGCACAGCCCGCCUCACCCCCCGACGCCAGGGCUGGCAAGCUGUCGCCACCAGCCCCGCCGCAGAACGGCGAAGGGCCAUCGUCAUCCUCUUCCUCCUCCUCUUCCUCCUCUUCUUCCUCCUCCUCCUCCGGCGAGGCUGUCCGCGUCAAGGAGGAGCCCGCCGGCAGCCCGGUGAGCGAGGUGGAGGCACCAAAAAGCGGCGGCCCCGGGGAGGGGGGCGGCAGCCCCGAUGCCUGCUCCCGGACCUCAUCCCCCCGCAGCCUACCCUCGGCGAAGGUCAAGUCGGAGCUCGCCAGCCCCACGCCGGGCUCCAGCCCGGUGCCCAGCGAGCCGGGGACGGGCACGGCCGGCGGCACCGUCUUCCUACCCCAGUACGUGUUCAGCCACGAAGCCGCGGUGGUGCCGCAGGCGUCGGAGAUCCUGGCGAAGAUGUCGGAGCUGGUGCACAGCCGGCUGAAGCAGGGCCACGGCGGCGCGGUGCCGCCCGCCGUCUACACCGGCGCGCCGGUGCCCAAGGGUGCCACGUGCUUCGAGUGCGAGAUCACCUUCAACAACAUCAACAACUACUACGUGCACAAACGCCUCUACUGCUCUAGCCGGCACCUCGCCGAGGACAGCCCCCCCGGGGCGCGCAAGCUCAAAGCCCCCCCCGGGGCACCCAAGGGUCCUCCCGCCCCGGGGACGCUGCUGUCCCCCCCGGCAGGCGACGGGCAGGGGACGCCGGCGGGGGACGGGGACGGACUGCGGGAAGCCGCCCGCAAGCCCCCUACCCCCCCCGCCUACACGGACAGGGGGGGGCAGACCCCCCCGGCCAAGGCUGUGCCCGGCCCCGUGCCCAACGGCAACCACAGGUACUGUCGCCUCUGCAACAUCAAGUUCAGCAGCCUCUCCACCUUCAUCGCCCACAAGAAGUAUUAUUGUUCCUCCCAUGCUGCUGAGCACGUCAACCCCCCUCCCCCCCCCGCCUACACGGACAGGGGGGUGCAGACCCCCCCGGCCAAGGCUGUGCCCGGCCCCGUGCCCAACGGCAACCACAGGUACUGUCGCCUCUGCAACAUCAAGUUCAGCAGCCUCUCCACCUUCAUCGCCCACAAGAAGUAUUAUUGUUCCUCCCAUGCUGCUGAGCACGUCAAGUAA